UUGUGAUUUAAAUAUUAGGAGUUUAUUAGGAGUUUAGUUGCGGAUGCUGCAUCUUCAUCGUGGUCAACUCCUCCUUCAGCCACCGCACACUGCAUUUCUCCCCUUCCUGGAAAAGCCCCAAACAGCACGCACCUUUAUUUAUACAGAUUAAAUUUAAACUGUUCAUACUUAUUUUUUCAAUUCAAAGCUCAAUUUUUCGCGGGUUCCGGAUGGGUUCGGAGAUCGAGGUAGUUGAGGAGGGGGAUGUCAGAGAUCUAGAAUAUGCGGCGUCAACUACGUCAAAUAGCGGAGCCGUCUCCGGCUCGGUGAUGGAUGCGGAGAGCUUGAGGAACGAUGUUUACACGGCUGCAGCGUAUGGAGACAUGAAAAAACUGCAGAGAUUGGUCGAGCGCGAGGGGUGUUUGGUGUCGGAGCCAGAUGGCCUUGGCUACUAUGCGCUCCAGUGGGCCGCUCUUAACAACCACGUUGCCUCUGCACAGUACAUCAUUGAGCACGGAGGAGAUGUAAAUGCUGCAGAUCAUACUGGACAAACAGCUUUACACUGGAGUGCAGUUCGUGGUGCAGCCCAGGUUGCAGAGCUUUUACUCCAAGAAGGUGCUCGGUUAAAUGUGGCUGAUAUGUAUGGGUAUCAGGCAACACAUGUCGCUGCUCAAUAUGGUCAGACAGCUUUUCUUUAUUAUAUAGUUUCAAAGUGGAAUGCAGAUCCCGACUUUCCAGAUAAUGACGGGAGAAGCCCAUUACACUGGGCUGCGUAUAAGGGCUUUGCUGAUUGUAUACGUCUCUUGCUAUUCUUGGAUGCAUAUAGGGGACGACAGGAUAAAAUGGGAUGUACUCCUCUUCAUUGGGCCGCUUUCAAGGGUCACUUGGAAGCAUGUACAGUGUUAGUGCAGGCAGGGAAGAAGGAAGACCUUGUGGUGAUGGAUCAUACUGGCCUUACACCUGCCCAGCUUGCUUCCGAUAAAAAUCACCGACAAGUUGCUUUUUUCCUUGGAAAUGCUAGAAAGCUGUUUGAAAAACGUUGUGAUGGGAAUCACUGGCUCGGGAAACUGGCAAAAUUAGGGUUUGCUCCACUUCUAUGGUGUAUAAUUUUCCUGUUAAUUGUAACAUAUAUCCACUCGGUCAUCAUGGCGCCUGGCUUGCCAAAGUUAACUGCUGCUGGUGCUUUAUUCGCGUGGUUGGGUGUUUUCAUUUCAACAUCUGGAUUAGUUAUGUUUUAUAAAUGUAGCAGCAAUGAUCCAGGUUACAUAAGGGUGAGCUUGCGUGACUCGCAUGAUACAAAAGAUGAUGAACCAUUAUUGAAAGUUGAAGUUAACCACCCUGCUUUGGUUGCCGGAAACUGGUCUCAGCUUUGCUCUACGUGCAAGAUUGUCCGUCCUCUUCGUGCAAAACACUGUUCCACCUGUGAUCGUUGUGUGGAACAAUUUGAUCAUCAUUGCCCGUGGGUAUCUAACUGCAUUGGAAAGAAAAACAAAUGGGAUUUUUUCAUGUUUCUUGUUCUUGAGGUGUUGGCAAUGCUAAUAACUGGUGCAGUCACUCUUACCAGAAUCUUGACUGAUCCAUUGGCCCCAUCCUCUUUUGGUGCAUGGCUAAACCACACUGGUACUCAGCAUAUUGGUGCCAUAAUGUUUCUACUUGCAGAUUUUUUCCUGUGUUCUGGUGUCACUGUCUUAACCGUGACUCAAGCUUCUCAGAUUGCAUACAAUAUUACAACAAAUGAGAUGGCAAAUGCAAUGCGCUAUAGUUACCUCAGAGGGCCUGGUGGUCGGUUCAGAAAUGCUUAUGAUCAUGGAUGUAGGAAAAACUGUUCAGAUUUUCUGAUAAAUGGAUACAAUGAGGAUGUUGAGUACAGUGAAGAAUCACCUCAACCUGGAAGUAUUGGGAUUGUGCAAAUGGCUAUGAGUUGUACAGCCCUGCAGAAUGGGGUUAGCCAUUCUCAACAGACCAAUGGAGACGACCAUGUAGUGAUCAAUGUGAAUAACAGCAGUGGCUUUCAUAAUGACCCCCAUUCUUCUCAGUGUAAUACUCAUAAUAGUACUAGUAGCAGCAGCAGGAAAAACAAAACCGAAUGUGUACCAUUAGGAUUGGGCAUCGGCUUAGGAAAAAACAGUGAUGCCCGUGCUGUGGUUGUUCAUGAUUGAUUGAUGCACCAUCACUUUUUGUUCAGAGCGCCAUUUUGAAUACAUUUUUUCCUUUGGUAAUUCAAUGAGGUUUUACCCGUUUGCUCAUUUCUAUGUUCCCCAUGAUGGCCAGCUACAGAUGAGCUAAGUAGUUAUAUUAAUGAACCCACAUCAUGAACGCCUGCUUUUUUUUAUUCAAACUUUGGCUUAGGUGUUUAA